CACAUGCAUACCUACUGCAUUAGAGAACUUCCUUAUAUAUCCAUACACUUGCAGCUUCUCGUACAUGAAACUACCAGGCUGAAUUUUUCAUCAACAACCCUUAUUAUUCAUAAAUUCAACUCCUCGUGGAAAUCUACUAUAGGUAGAAAGAGAUCGCAUUCUAUGAUUGUUUAUUGACGAAUAACUACCUGGAUUUUCAAAGCAAUGAAACCUCAACUUAUACGUCAGCAACCAAGAGAACGAAACAAUGGCUUCCUGGCGCGAUGAUUAUAUAAGGGCUCUACAAGAUCGCGAUGAGCGCGAACAAACUAGCUACCAGCGCUUUGAUCCUUCCUUCAUAGACGCUUAUACUCAGCUGCUCGACAAAGUCUCUGCUCAAACUGCUGCUGCUGCUGCUCACGACACCUCAUCUACCUCCGCCAACCCCUCAUCCCUCUCUUCUUCCGCCACAUCUCAAAAAGCAAUAUCCAAAAAUGCAACCUCCUCCGAGGUCCUUCAGCUCCGUGCUUCCUUGUCCGAAGCACUCCGUUCCUCUUCGCACUUCCAAUCGCGUUUGAAGACCACCGAAACCUCACUCCAGGCUUUACGCACCAAAAGCGCUUCAGUGUCCAAACAAUUAGAAACUUUAACUCGAGAACGAAAUAUUUUAGAGAGGAAAAUUAGGGAUCGGGAUGAGGAGUUGCGAGCUAAGACCAAGGGGUUUCAUGAUGUGCAGGAUGAGAUGAUAUCUCUGAAUUUGCAGCUUAAUAUAGCAGAGCAGAAUGAGAAAAGAGCAAAAGCGGAGAAUAAAGAGUUGAUUGACAGGUGGAUGGCUCAGAAAGGCAGGGAGGCAGAUGAAAUGAAUAAGAGGUUUGGGACCUGAUGCAAGAAAUUGACGCUUGAUCCAAGCUUAUCACGCUCUGUCUUAAGACCACCGAGAAGGAUAAUAAGUG